GAAUUUAUAUUUGGUACCGUCACUCUCACAGUCAGUGGGUAUGGCCGGGUCAGCGUGAACCAAAAACUGCCUUCAAAUUCAAAGCGACGGCCACAGAGAGACAGAGUACUGAAGCUGCUCUUCUACUAUGGUCGUCUAGGGCUUCCACAAGGAUUCUUCCGAUACCUAAUCGAAACAUAAGUAGCGAAUCCGCCAUGGCCACCAACAACAACUUCCUUUUUCUUCUUCUUUUGCUCUUCAACUUUCAUUUCCGCCUCUCUUUCUCCGAUGGUGAUUCGAACUCCAUGGAGUCAGUUCCUGAUCUUCAAAAGUCAAUGUACAAGGUCAUUGAUGGGUAUCCUUGUGUCCGAUUGCUCAGUCUUUCUGGUCCAAUUGGUUGUUCAAAUCCUGGAAGACAAGUGGUCGUGGCCCCGAUUGUAAGAUAUCAAAAUGCUACUCAGUUGUCUCAGUCCUCUUCAAUUUUGGUGUCAUUGGAUGAAUUUCAAAGUUUCAUCACCAGGCACGCCUUUUCUUUUAUCUGCUUAUUGUGUAUUGCUUCAUCUGCCACAAAUGAGACAUUGGAUGCCCUAGAGCAAGCGCAAGAUUCACUGAAAUCUGAACACAUAAUCUGCUCAGUAGCAAAUGCUUCAAAUCCCGGAAUACCUCCAUCGUCAUUGAUGACAUUCCUGCAAAAGAAUUCUCAUACUUCCGGGGUUGUUUUGGAAGAUUUUAAUAGUGUCUUCAGCAACAAGUUCUACCAUAGCCACCUUGAUGAUACAUUGAAUAUAAACUCUUCAGCAGUAGUGGCUGCAGCUUCCCUUGUUGCCCGUACCCUUUACAUACUAGCAAGUGACAAUAAUACUUUAAGCAGUUCAGCUUUAACUGCUAUCAAUGUAAAUGUCUCACUCGUUGAAGAACUUAUGGGUUGCCUAUUGGGCUGUGAUCCGGGUCUUUCUUGCAAUCUGGUGAAGAACUAUAUAUCACCCACUAAUACCUGUCCAAGCCAUUAUGUUGGUGUUAUCCCUGAUGAGCCUUCCUCCACACCUUAUCUUGGAUAUGUAGAUGAUGUCUCCAGAUUCUUGUGGAAUUUUUUGGCUGACAGAACAUCUAUUCCCAGGGAGAAUUCUAGCUCUACUUGUUCAAAAGGUUGCAACAAUGGUGAGGUUUGUGUGAGAGCUGAAACAGAAGGAAAGGGAGUGUGUGUUAUCUCCACAACCAGGUAUGUUCCAGCAUAUUCAACAAGGUUAAAGUUUGAUUCUGAAGCUUGGAUUGUCUUGCCCCCAAAUUCCUCUGACCCAAUGGGAAUGGUGGACCCUGUUUGGACGGAGAGCAACUGGAAUGCAAUUGGGCUCCGGGUCUACACAGUCCAGAAUGGUGCUUAUGACAAUCUUGUUUUGCUUGGUGGUAUGGCCAUCACAGUCUUGGCAUACCUUGCAAUAGUAAUUACGCGAGCAUUCAUUACAAAAUCCUUGAAGCGAGACUGACAAGGUUUAAAUCAACAUAAAUUUUGAAGCGUACAUGUGUGGAAAUGUGAUGGUAAAAUACAGGAUUUGAUCCAUUGAUUAACUUGUUAUAGUGUUUAGAUAGUUGAGGGGAUGUUGCAUUAUUUGAGCUUCAUCCUUGUGCCAUAUGAACUUCACUGAAAUUAGAUCAAACCUUGUAUUGUUAUCUUACUAGUGUUAGAAAUGUAAAUGGGGUUGCCUAA